GGAUGUUACUAAUAAAAUUUCACUUGAUUUGAUACUGUAUUAUUCACAAUAAAUUAUUCAGACUUACAGGUUCAUGGCAUUCGUUCAGCUUUCUAUAUAAAAAGGUAAAUAAUAGAUUUAAGAAGAGGAGAGAAAUGUACCAGAUAUUGUUUUGAAUAGCGGGCUACGCACGGAUCAAAACAAUGCAGGCAGUAUCGUCGAUACAUUGUAUCCGUGUCAUACUGUAUAGGCCAGCACCACCCUCAAUUGAACAGCGCCAGUGCUAUUCACGGCCAUCUAAACUUCUCCUCAACAGCAGAAGAGCUCAUCACACCACGUCGACCAAUAAGCAAGCCAGGCUUUAGCAGAUCGGUUACUCAAACAUCCAUCCAUCCAUCCCUUUUGCCGUUGUACAAUAGAACCGAUCUUACUAUUCCAAGUAGUAAACACGAGGCUGAAUUACUCAAUUUCCCAGUUGGAAAUUUCCGAGAGGAGAAAAGUAACUGAUAGAAUGGAUACUUGCUCUAUCACCGAUGAGCGCGCAGACGCUAUAGUCAUGGAUUCGCCAAGAACUGAAAGACCUGCAAGGGAGACAUUUCAAAGUGAGAUACCGGAGGUGUCACUGUGUCCUCCUGACAGCGUGUGCCCGGAGGCCCAGGCCACUCGGAUCCAAACCGAAGGUGACCAGUCUGACAGCUGCAGCCUCCCCAGACCCUCCUCCUCCACCUCCUCCCAGCUCUACCACCAAGUCUCCCAGGGAUGCACCUACCAUUCACAGCAGCACCGACAAUGUCACUGUUGUGGCCAUCACAAGCCAAUCAAAAGCAAAGCCUGUCUGGAGUCGCACCCAAUCACUGUGGGUCCUCCUCACACCGACUGCUCGACAAGCGCUGUCAAGACAGGUCGCAGCUGCAGCCCCUCCCAUGUCCCUUCCUGUCACAACGCUGUCCGCUGCCACUGGCUGCACGGUUCCCAUGACGGCGGUGGCCUCCACAAGUCCAAACAGCAUCAUGUGGUCACAGUCAGGGAUGACGGACUCUACUGGAUCCCUAGAAAUUACUCCCAGGUGGUAGUGAAGUAUCCUCUGGCGGUGCUCGUCGGGUGUGCAGUAGUCCUCCUGGGAUGCUCCCUAGCCGGCCUGUUGAUUGGUCCCCUGCCAGACUUCUCUGACCCGCUGAUGGGGUUUGAGCCUCGAGGAACAUACAUUGGGGUGCGACAGUCUGCCUUGGCCAAGCUUCAGCAGAACACAGGGCCUGGAAACACACUGUCUCUGAUACCGCAACACCUCAAAGACAAGACAGCUGGGAGCUAUGGAGACGGUAGCGGAGGGGAUGCCGGUGGGAGCCAGGAACAGUCGUCCAGGCAACGGUCUAAAAGAAUGCUAGACAGGGAUUCGGCCCAAGACACAUUCCUCUGUGACGCUCCAGGAGAACGCUACGCCCAGCUUGUCUUCCGCUCUGGAAACUCUGCCAGUCUUUGGAGCCUGAAGGCAAUCUACUCCAUGUGCGAGAUGGAGCAGGCCAGGAUUCGUUCACAACCCCACUUCCAAGAUCUCUGCAAGCAACAUAUCCGAUUGGAAGUGGACGGUGCCACAAUCAGGGGCGGAUGCUGUCCAAGUUGGUCACUGGGAAACUACCUGGCACUUCUCAGCAAUGCCUCAUCCUGUCUCAGCCUGACCUCUGUGCAAGUGUCAGAGAGUCUGAGCCUACUACGCUAUUGCGCCCCAUACUACCACGAUGGAAGUCUGGUGGCAUAUUGUGCAGAGAGGGGCUCGCAAGGCAACUGUGCAUCUGUGCCGACUCGGUGCAAACAAUCUCGUGCCGUUUUCCAGAUAUUGCAUUACCUGGUUGAUAAGGACUUCCUAGGGCCACAGACAAUAGAAUAUCAGGUCCCCUCACUGAAAUAUAGCCUCCUGUUUCUACCGGUGGAAAAAGGAGAUCACUUGAUGGAAAUAUACAUGAACAGCCUUGAAGGUCGUGAGCUUACAUACAAGAACACUACUAUUACAGGAAUGGACCUAGGCAUCAAGCAAAAGCUUUUCAAGUAUUACCUGGCUAGGGACUCCAUCUACCCUGUUCUGGCUGUAGUUUCACUGUUCCUCACCAUAGCCCUUUAUUUGCAGUCUCUUUUCCUAUCAGCUCUGUCUUUAGUUGCAAUUGUGGGUUCUCUCUUGACUUCCUAUUUCUUCUACAAAGUGGUUUUUCAGCUGACAUUCUUCCCUUUCCUCAACUUAGCUUCAGCUUUCAUCCUGUUUGGUAGUUGCUCUAACCACGCCUUCACUUUCAUUGAUUUCUGGAACCUACAACUAUCCCAGAAUCCACCCGUUUCUCUAGAGAUAAGAGUCAAUCGAGUUCUCCAAGAGGUCGGAUAUUUGAUAUUGGCAUCAGGCCUGACUUCUAGUGCCACGUUCUUCUCGGGGUUCCUGAGCAGCAUCACGGCAGUCAGAUGCUUUGCUGUGUACCUGGGAACGGCUUCCUUAAUCUGUACUUUUUCCGCUCUUGCGUGGCUGCCCAGCUCGCUCAUAUUACGCGAGCGCUACACUGUGCCUGCCUCAGCCUCUGUUAAUGCACAGGCAUGGAAGCCUUGCUGCACGAAAAAUAUUGGCGGGUUCUGGGACACAAGCUCGCGAAAGCGGUGCCUCUUCACCUUAGGUCAGAAGCUACGAGGGUUAAAGCGGGGACUGUCCGACACCUCCAAUUUACUUUUCCUGAAAAUCCUCCCAUGUGGAGUGGUCAAGUUCAGAUACAUUUGGAUCUGCUGGUUCGCAGUGUUGGCCGCAGGAGGAACAUACAUCUCAGUUGUAGACCCUGGUAUGAGACUACCCACUUUAGACAACAGGGCAACUCAGUUAUUCCGCUCUAGCCAUCCCUUUGAAAGAUAUGACGCUGAAUAUCGCUACCAAUUCAUGUUUGAACGGCUGGUGAAUGGGGAGGACAAGCUCAUUACAUUGACUCUUGUUUGGGGAGUCAUCCCAACCGAUAACGGCAAUCACUUUGAUCCAAAAAGCAAUGGAUCUUUAGUUAUGGAUCCAGAGUUUAACAUGAGUAGCCCAGAGGCUCAGGUGUGGUUGAGAGACUUGUGUGGAAGAGUUCAAAACCAAAGUUUUUAUUUACCAUCAUCAUCAUCAUCUGAAAACGAAGGCUCAACAGACAACGUCUGUAUUGUCGAGCAACUCAUACACUGGGUGUCUAUUCGACGAUGCUCAGAGAGUGAGGAUGCCUUCCAUUUUUGCUGCAACGAUAUUCCCUUUCCUUACCCACCGGGUGUUUUUGAACAAUGCCUGAGCAUGAUGGUGGCCGAGCGGCAUGCAGAGGGCUAUGUGUCCGAGGUUGGAGGCCUACAUUUUGAGGCAGAUGGUCGAAUAGCAGCCCUGGUAAUGGUAUUUAGAACUACGCACCGCUAUAGCUACAACUUUAGUCACACCACCCUUUUCUAUAAUGAUAUUGUGUCAUGGUUUAAUGGUGAAAUGUCUGGCGCACCACUGGGACUAAAGGAAGGAUGGUUCGUGAGCCAGUUGACACUAUUUGACUUGCAACAAUGUCUAAGCUCAGAAACCCUUGUGGUCACUGGGUUCUCUGUAGCCCUAGCGUUUGUCUUGCUUCUUCUGACCACAUGGAAUAUUCCACUGAGUAUUUAUGGCACUGCUGCUGUUGGAGGAAGUGUUUUUGUCACCAUCGGCCUCCUGGUCCUUCUAGAAUGGCAGCUUAGUGGUGUGGAGGCACUGUUCAUAUCAGCUGCUGCUGGGCUGUCUGUCGACUUUUUAGCCAACUACUGCAUAUCAUAUAAUUCAGCUCCACACUCUGAUAGAAUUGGAAGAGUUGCACAUUCUCUUAAAAGAAUGAGCUGUCCUGUAGCAAUAGGAUCCGGGGCCUUCUGUUGUGUGGGCAUCGCCAUGCUCCCUACUACUGCCUUGUUGUUCAGAAAGCUGGGGAUUUUCUUAUUUCUGGUGAAAUGUGUAGCAUGUGGAUUUGCCACUUUCUUUUUCCAAUCCCUAUGCUGCUUUUUCGGUCCUCAAAAGAACUGUGGGAAAAUAAUGUUGCCAUGUUCAUCUGAACCGGGGACUGAAAGUCUGCCCUCCUGCUCAGCAGCAGAACCUAGGUCCUCGACCUGCGCAGCCAAUGGGGCUUUUGGAAGAUCAAGAGUUCGAAGGAAUUUCAAUAAAGACGAGGGUAAUUACCUUUACCCAAACCAUCAGCGUCAAAGACAGCGACAGGUAGGGGGCGGAAGGGAGCCUGAGCAGUAUGAACUUCAGCCAUUGGCCUGUCAGCUGAGUGACAGCUUUGAGAACAGCACAUGUACUAGUAAGCUAUCCAACAGACCCUCAGUUCUCUCGGAUGACAUCCAGUUCGGUGGGCUGAGUCCCAGGAGGGAUGUGGAGAGGAGCAACAUUGAGGCAGAUAGCGAAGAGCUCUGUGGGAGGCACCACAAAGGCUGUCACCCACCCCCAGCUUUGCAGACCUCUUCCCCAUACAAAGAAAACACCCUAAGGCCUGUAGUAGCUCCUCCAGGUGACCUGGCUAAGGAAAGGCUCUUGUGCAAGACGUGCAGAGGACAGUCUGCUGGCAUCAAGCACUGGAACGUAUCGCUGUCCUCUUCCUCAAGCAUGGAGGACACCAUCAUUAGUCAAACAAUAGAAACAAUUUACCAGCCAUCCCUCUCAAAGGACGAGGCCCCUAAUAGUACCUUUAAGCGUCACCCUCACAAACGCCUACUGUCAUCUCAGAGUUCAUUUGACGGGCUAGAGGAUUCCAAUGAGACUUGCUUGAGUGACAUUGAACCUGGACCCUCAAACCAACAGACUUCUAUUGAAGCAGAGGGAGAACUGGAACCACAACCAGGGCACCUUAACGGAAAGAGAGAUACCCUACGUCUCUCCCUGAGAGAGACCACGUAUGAGACAGCCUCUCCGGGGUGUGGGAGGGGCCGUACGAGUCAGAGUGAAGGACCAGUGAUGUUGCCAAACAGUAAACCAGAUUUGCCUGAUGUAUGGAUCAAACGAGAUGGGCAGAGGGAAGAUACAAGCUGAAUUGGAUUUCAAAAGAUUAUGUCUAAUCUAAGCAUGGAGAAGUGUUCAGUUCAUUAUCUGUCAGCUUGAUUAGCUCAGUCAGAAACUGCAGAAUGUUACGUUGUGAAUAAGAUCCUUUGUAAUGGAUUUACACAUUUUGGAAAAUUCACAGCUGGACAGACACUGGAACUUGGAUAUUCACUGGACUUUUUGUUAAUCCACUGUACUACCCUGAUCUAUAUCCAUCGUCUGGAUAGAUUCUUAGACAAUAAUGUCAUUUGAACACUUUAGAAUCAUUUCAAAAUACAUUUUAGAUGUGAGGGAAGGGGCUCUUUUGUUUGAACACAAUGCGCUUGGCUAUGUAUUCCACGCACCCACCAUCAAAACAAGACAUUUUAUCAUAACAUGGUGAUGGAAGUUACAUCACUACAAGUAGAUCAGAAAUUGUGUGUACUGUCAAAUACAUUUUGUAAACCACUUCACUGUUAGAAUGUACAACACUCAUUGCUGUUGUACAAAGUCAAUGCCAAGAAAUGUAACAUUAAUUUGGUGACUUAAGACAAUUCUGUGUGUAUGAAUUAUUUAGGGGACCUGAACAGCACUGUUAUACACACAGUAGGGAGCUGCAGAUGCACUGCAGAUGUAUAUAGUGAGCCUUAUCCUUUGAUAAUGAAAGAACGAAGGUCUUGUACAUGAAACCAACUGAUGUAUUGGCAGGCCUGAAUCUGACAAAGGUGAUUUUACCAGCUUGGUGGCUCCUUCCAUCAUUAAACAUGACUUGUAGAUGACCAGCUUCACAGCACGGUUCAAAGAAAUGUAGAAUCAGCGUUCUAUGUAGAGUAAUACGAUCUCUACUAAGGCUUGACUGGGUAAUCAACAAUUGUAGUUCUACAUCCGCAGAGCAGCCUUCACUACAUUUCACCACCUGCUGGAACAUCAGAUUAAUAUAUAUAUAUAUAUGUUUGCCUUGACAGAACACAUGCAGUAUAUGGAUCAUGGUGUACAAUGUGCAGCAUGUGCCAAAUCUUUGCAACAGUCGUUUUUCCAUGAAGAAAAUGUAAAUGUGUUUUAUGUGAAAAGGGAUUAUCCUUUACAUUAGUGGCAAUAUGGUUUCAGAGUUGUAUUUUUGGUUCAAAAUACAACCCAGAAUAAUGUAUGUAUUAAGGGUUUAAUUAUGUUUUGAUGAAAUGACUGCAAAAAUUAAUGCGAAGAAUUGACAACAAUUGUAAAAUGUGCCUACAAGCAGGGUUAUUUUGAAGUUGUUUCAUCCGAAAGGGUUUCCUUUUGACAACUGAUUCAAUGAUCAUAAGUCUUGGAUGAGCUUUUGAAAUAACCUGCCUUAGAGAAAGGAAUGAUAGAACUUAACUUUAGGCUUUUGAGGAGCAGAGAAAACGGAAAGGUUGCAAUGACUAUUAAACCUGAGAUAACACGGUACUUGUACUCAUUUUCACAUGGUGGAAAGUAAAAAAAUAAAAGUGUAUUUUUC